UCAAUACGCGGAUUGAUCAAAAAGGAAAACGUGCUUCACAAGCUGAGACUGUCCGAUUGUGUGUGUUUUUAAAGGAUUAUCGUGUCGGAUGUGGGAUCUACCUUCAGGGUCUCCACCUGCUGUGCAGCGUGAUGGUGCUCCCUGCUCCAGCUGAGCCCCUCGCUGCCCUCUGAAGGAGCAGGAUGACAAGAUGGCACAGCUGCUUGUACCGCCCGGACCUGACAGCUUCCGCCCCUUCAUCCCCGAGUCGCUGGCCGCCAUCGAGAGGCGCAUCGCCGAGGAGGAGGCCCAGAGAUCACGGGCAGAGCGCCGCAGUGACACCGAUGAUGAAAAUGGACCCAAGCCCAACAGUGACCUGGAGGCAGGGAAGUCUCUGCCCUUCAUCUACGGGGACAUCCCUCCCCACUUGGUGUCCAUGCCUCUGGAGGAUCUUGAUCCCUACUACAGCAGUCAGAAGACCUUCAUAGUAUUGAAUCGUGGGAAGGCAAUCUUCCGUUUCAAUGCCACUCCUGCCUUGUACAUCUUAAGCCCCUUCAACCCUCUACGGAGGGCAGCCAUUAGAGUUUUAGUGCACUCGACAUUCAGCAUAUUCAUCAUGUUCACCAUCCUGACGAACUGUGCGUUUAUGACCCUCAGUAAUCCCCCGGAAUGGGCCAAGAAUGUAGAGUACACAUUCACAGGGAUUUACACCUUUGAGUCUCUGAUAAAGAUCCUGGCCAGAGGCUUCUGUGUGGGGAAAUUCACGUUCCUCAAGGACCCAUGGAACUGGCUGGAUUUCAGUGUUAUCCUCAUGGCAUAUGUCACAGAGUUUGUGGACCUGGGCAAUGUCUCAGCACUGCGAACCUUCAGGGUUCUGCGAGCCCUGAAAACUAUAUCAGUCAUCCCAGGCCUGAAGACCAUCGUCGGCGCUCUGAUCCAGUCGGUGAAAAAGCUGUCGGACGUGAUGAUCCUCACCGUGUUCUGCCUCAGCGUCUUCGCGCUCAUCGGGCUGCAGCUCUUCAUGGGCAACUUGAGGCAAAAGUGUGUACGUUGGCCCAUCCACAGCAACGCCACCAACAGCAGCAACACCUCCUCUGUGGACGGCGUGACGCUGUUCAACAGCAGCUUGCUGGAGAUGAAUGGCACAUUGGUGCAAAACACCACGGAGAACUACCCCAACUUGACAGAGUACAUCAACGAUGAGAGGAAUCACUAUCACCUUCCUGGCCGCAGGGAUGCUCUGCUUUGCGGGACUGGCAGUGGAGCUGGGCUUUGUCCAGAGGGCUUUUUGUGCAUGAAAGCAGGUCGUAAUCCAGACUAUGGUUACACCAGCUUCGACACCUUCAGCUGGGCUUUCCUAUCUUUGUUUCGACUGAUGACGCAGGACUACUGGGAAAACCUCUACCAGCAGACGUUGCGUGCAGCAGGGAAACCCUACAUGAUCUUCUUUGUGCUGGUGAUCUUCUUGGGCUCUUUCUACUUGGUCAACCUGAUCCUGGCUGUGGUGGCCAUGGCCUAUGAUGAACAAAACCAUGCCACCAUUGAGGAGGCACAGCAAAAGGAGGAGGAGUUCCAGGCUAUGUUGGAGCAGCUCAAGAGACAGCAGGAGGAGGCACAGGUUGCCGCGGCAGCAGCCACAGAGAGCGGCGAGUACAGCGGGAGAGGAGGCCCCACCUCCGAGUCCUCCUCUGGGAUGUCUAAGCUCAGCUCCAAGAGUGCCAAGGAGCGACGCAACAGGCGGAAGAAAAGAAAGCAAAGGGAAGAGGAGGAGGAAGAAAGGGCGGGCCGCGACAAGUUCCACAAGUCUGUGUCCGAGGACAGCAUCAAGAGGUCAAGUUUCCGCUUCUCCAUCGAUGCAAAUCGGCUUUCUUAUGAAAAAAGAUGCUCCUCACCCAACCAGUCUCUUCUCAGUAUCCGUGGAUCGCUCUUCUCUCCACGAAGGAACAGUCGUGCUAGCCUGUUCAGCUUCCGUGGACGGGCAAGGGACAUGGGCUCCGAAAAUGACUUUGCAGAUGAUGAGCACAGCACAUUCGAGGAGAGCGACAGUCGGCGAGGCUCUUUGUUCUUGCCACGCCGUCUUGAGCGCCGCUGCAGUGCCAUCAGCCAGACGAGUCUUGGCGUGCCACGGGUCAUCCUGCCGGCCAAUGGCAAGAUGCACUGCACUGUUGACUGCAAUGGUGUUGUGUCCCUGGUCGGUGGAACUUCUGUAACAACCUCCCCUGUAGGUCUCCUGCUGCCUGAGGGAACAACUACAGACACUGGGCUGAAGAAACGGCGUUCUGGUUUCCGUCAGCCAUCCAUGGAUUAUUUAGAAGAGCCAGGGAGCAGGCAGAGAGCAAUGAGUGUAGCCAGUAUCCUCACCAACACCAUGGAAGAGCUUGAAGAGUCAAGGCAGAAAUGCCCUCCUUGUUGGUAUAGAUUUGCCAACACAUGCCUAAUCUGGGAUUGUUGUCCUCUGUGGCUGAAGAUCAAGGAAAAUGUCAACAUGGUGGUCAUGGAUCCAUUCGUAGAUCUGGCCAUCACAAUUUGUAUUGUCCUCAACACACUUUUCAUGGCCAUGGAGCAUUACCCCAUGACCUUGGAGUUUAGUAACCUCCUCUCAGUUGGAAAUUUGGUAUUCACAGGCAUCUUCACAGCUGAGAUGUGUUUGAAGAUAAUUGCCCUGGAUCCUUACUAUUACUUCCAGGAGGGCUGGAACAUCUUUGAUGGCAUCAUCGUCAGCCUGAGUCUGAUGGAGCUUGGCUUGUCGAAUGUAGAAGGCCUGUCUGUGCUUAGGUCCUUUAGAUUGCUGAGGGUCUUCAAGCUGGCAAAGUCAUGGCCCACUUUGAACAUGCUGAUCAAGAUCAUUGGUAACUCUGUAGGUGCUCUGGGGAACUUGACUCUGGUGCUGGCCAUCAUUGUCUUCAUCUUUGCCGUGGUGGGAAUGCAGUUAUUUGGCAAGAGCUACAAGGAGUGUGUAUGUAAGAUUAACGAUAAUUGUGAAUUGCCACGCUGGCACAUGAAUGAUUUCUUCCACUCCUUCCUCAUCGUGUUCCGGGUGCUGUGUGGAGAGUGGAUUGAGACCAUGUGGGACUGCAUGGAGGUGGCAGGACAGGCAAUGUGCCUGAUCGUCUUCAUGAUGGUCAUGGUCAUUGGAAACCUGGUGGUUCUAAACCUCUUUCUGGCCCUCCUCCUGAGCUCAUUCAGCGCCGACAACCUGGCAGCAACUGAUGAUGACAGUGAGAUGAACAAUCUACAGAUUGCUGUAGGACGGAUCCAACGGGGCAUCAAUUUUAUCAAGUCCACAGUGCGGCAGUUCUUCCAGAGUAUCUGCUUUGGUGGCACUGCUAAAGGUGCCGGCCUUGCUGAAGAGAUCAAACCUCUGGAUGAACUUCAUAGCAAUGGCAAGGGUAACUGUAUUUCUAACCACACUUCAGUGGAAAUCACCAAAGACCCCACUGGGGUGUACCUGAAGGAAGGCAAUGGAAUGGCAAUGGUAGGGGUUGGGAUUGUUGGGGACACUACAGUGAAGUACCCUGCUGAGGACUUCAUGUCAUUUAUUCAUAACCCCAGCCUGACAGUAACAGUACCUAUUGCUGUGGGCGAGUCGGACUUUGAGAACCUCAACACAGAAGAUUUCAGCAGUGACUCAUCUGAUGUUGAGGGCAGUAAAGAGAAGCUAGAUGUAGAGCCACAACAUCUCAGCUCUUCAGAGGGGAGCACGGUGGAUAUCCGCCCCCCGGGAGAUGGGGUCGAUUCAGUGGAGAUGGAGCCAGAGGAGUCGCUGGAGCCAGAGGCCUGUUUCACGGAGGGUUGUGUGAGUAGGUUCCAGUGUUGCCAGAUCAACGAGGAGGAAAACCGCUAUCGAAGCUGGUGGACCCUCCGAAAAACCUGCUUUAUCAUAGUGGAACACAACUGGUUUGAAUCCUUCAUCAUAUUCAUGAUCCUGCUGAGCAGUGGAGCUCUGGCAUUUGAGGACAUUUACAUCGAACAGAGGAAAGCCAUUAAAACCAUGCUGGAGUAUGCAGACAAGGUCUUCACGUACGUCUUCAUCCUGGAGAUGCUGCUAAAGUGGGUGGCUUAUGGCUUCGUGAAGUACUUCACCAACGCCUGGUGCUGGCUCGACUUCCUCAUUGUAGAUGUAUCCUUGGUCAGCCUCAUUGCCAACGCGCUGGGCUACUCUGAACUCAGCGCCAUUAAGUCUCUGAGGACACUGCGAGCCCUCCGACCCCUCAGAGCGCUUUCUCGGUUCGAAGGCAUGAGGGUUGUGGUGAACGCGCUGUUGGGUGCCAUCCCCUCCAUCAUGAAUGUGCUGCUGGUCUGCCUCAUCUUUUGGCUCAUCUUCAGCAUCAUGGGUGUCAACUUGUUCGCGGGAAAGUACUAUUACUGCAUCAACACCACCACCGACAAGCUCUUUCCCAUCAGCAUUGUCAACAACCAGACUGACUGCCUGCGUUUGGUCAAUGACAGCGCUCGUUGGAAGAAUGUCAAAAUUAACUUUGACAAUGUUGGGGCUGGUUAUCUUGCUCUCCUGCAAGUGGCAACAUUUAAAGGUUGGAUGGAUAUUAUGUACGCAGCUGUAGACUCUCGAAAUUUGGAAGAACAGCCAGACUAUGAAGUCAACUUAUAUAUGUAUCUCUACUUUGUGAUUUUCAUCAUCUUUGGCUCCUUCUUCACCCUCAACUUAUUCAUUGGUGUCAUCAUUGACAACUUCAACCAACAGAAGAAAAAGUUUGGUGGUCAGGACAUCUUCAUGACUGAGGAACAGAAGAAAUACUACAAUGCCAUGAAGAAGCUGGGCUCUAAGAAACCACAAAAACCGAUACCUCGGCCAGCAAAUGCAUUUCAAGGCUGUGUAUUCGACUGCAUCACAAAGCAGGCCUUCGAUAUCAUAAUCAUGAUCCUCAUCUGCCUUAACAUGGUGACCAUGAUGGUGGAGACAGAUCACCAGACACAAGAAAUGUCUGAUAACCUCUACUGGAUCAAUAUGGUCUUCAUUUUGCUCUUCACUGGGGAGUGUGUGCUUAAGAUGGUCUCUCUGCGACACUAUUAUUUCACCAUUGGCUGGAAUAUAUUUGACUUUGUAGUGGUUAUUCUGUCAAUUGUGGGUAUGUUUUUAUCCGACAUCAUUGAGAAAUACUUUGUAUCCCCAACACUGUUCCGGGUGAUCCGCUUGGCCAGGAUCGGCCGCAUCCUUCGCCUUAUCAAGGGUGCCAAAGGCAUCCGGACACUUCUCUUUGCCUUGAUGAUGUCACUUCCAGCCCUGUUUAACAUUGGCCUCCUCCUCUUCUUGGUUAUGUUCAUCUAUGCCAUCUUUGGCAUGUCCAACUUUGCCUAUGUCAAGAAAGAGUCAGGAAUCGAUGACAUGUUCAAUUUCGAGACUUUUGGGAACAGUAUGAUCUGUUUGUUUCAGAUUACCACCUCAGCGGGGUGGGAUGGCUUGCUAGCGCCCAUACUGAACAAGAAGGAGCCAGACUGUGAUAGCCAGAUGGAACACCCGGGUAACUCCUACAAAGGAAAUUGUGGCAACCCAUCAGUGGGUAUCUUCUUUUUCGUCAGCUACAUCAUCAUCUGCUUCCUCAUUGUAGUCAACAUGUACAUUGCAGUUAUCCUGGAGAACUUCAGCGUGGCCACAGAGGAGAGUGCAGAGCCACUGAGCGAAGAUGACUUUGAGAUGUUCUAUGAAGUGUGGGAACGCUUUGAUCCUGAUGCAACUCAGUUCGUGGAGUACAGCAAGCUUUCCGACUUUGCAGAUGCUCUGGAUCCACCGCUGCGUAUACCGAAGCCGAAUAUGAUCCAGCUCAUUACUAUGGACUUGCCCAUGGUCAGCGGCGAGCGCAUUCACUGCCUGGACAUCCUAUUUGCCUUCACCAAGCGAGUGUUAGGUGAGAGUGGCGAGAUGGAUGUGUUACGUGGACAAAUGGAGGAGCGCUUCAUGGCAUCGAACCCCUCUAAAGUAUCUUAUGAGCCCAUCACCACCACUCUCCGCCGUAAACAAGAGGACAUGUCGGCCACAAUCAUCCAGAGAGCCUUCCGCCGCUACAUGAUUCGCCUCGCCAUGAAGAAGGCCUCCUCCCUCUACAAGAAGCAGCUGAAGGGGGGCAUCCAUGACCCCGACAAGGACGUCAUGGUCAUCAACAAGUUCAACGAGAACUCCAUCUCAGACAAAACAGACAUGACUCCCUCCACAGCCUCGCCGCCGUCCUACAACAGUGUGACGAAAUCGGACAAGAACAAAUAUGAAAAGGAAAAUAAGGAAAAAGAAAACAAAGGGAAAGACUUGAAAGAGCAAAAGAAAUAAACUCUUCAACAGGAACAAACUACAUGCACCAGAGACAUAAAAUACUAAGGGAAAUUUGUUUACAGCUUCUCAUAGAUUGAUGGGUAGAUUGAUGGACAUAUUGGUUUUGACUGUUGGGAAGAUAAGAAAUGUUAUGCCAGGUCUCCUGAAAUGAGCAUCUUGGGUUUUUUGGCACAUCUCAGAGGAAUAAUUAUGGGUGAAAAACUUGUUAUCCAGCAGACACUGCCAGAGAGUGAGUGGAACACAGAAAAGCCUCUCUGCAAAACGCUUGUGAUUUUCCUAUUGGUUGUUGUUACUAUCUGACACACUUGAGUGUACUGUUAAAUUGUCUGUAGCUAGUGCUGCUGCUACUACUAUAAAUCCAGUGUCUUGAAUUUAACAAUCGUUGUGUCACUUAACAAGUAAUCCACAUUUUUCUCCCC